AUGAAACACUACGCCGAGAAGAGCAGAGCUCCUCUUCCUCCCCGGCGGAAGUGUCCCACCCCAGCUGGGAAGCAGCUGGACGGUGGGCUCUACCCAUGGAAGCAGACGAAGCGGACAACGCGCCCGCUGUUCGUGCCUGCUUCCUGCAAAGAAAAAUACAAGAAGGAAAAGAUAGGUGAACUGUCCGCCUCGGCAGCUGCGGAAGAGCCCGAGCCCGUUCCGUGUGUUCUGCAAGGAGCUGACAUCCAGGUACUUGCAAUUAAGGUGGAGGACCUGGAGAAAGUAUGUAUUUGUACGGGACCAGGACCAUUUGAUGGCUGUGAAAAGAUUCUCCCCCAUCACAUUUUGGGAAGUCUCCAGGAGUUCAAGAUGGAAGCCUUGGCCAGAGGAAACACUCAGGUUGCAGAUCUUAUUGAGGCUUCUUAUCAACAUGUUACUCCAGCACCUUUAAAAGGGCAACGUGGAGGAGAGAAGAAGAAAACGGUUCAUCAGACCCCGGUAGCAGAGCACAAAGCUCUCCAGAACUGGCAGCGUAAUAUGGCAAUCAGGAAAAAGCAGCAGAAAUAUUUAGGAGACAUUCUUCAGAGGCCAGAGAAUGAAUUGCUGAUGAGCGUCUCGGAGGAUUACAGGCAAAUCCAGGAAGAACGUGACCUCAUUGACCGGAGUCUCCCUGCCCUGCUUCCUGGAAAGGGCUACCAAAGAGGAAGCGAGUUCUGGAGCCAGCCCGACCGUAUUGGAGAUGAACUCACUGGCCUGACGACGACACUGACGCAGAGGGAGCGUGGCUCCCCAGAGCCAGUCACUCAUGUGGGGAAACCCCACACUGUCCAAGUGGAAAUGGGUCUGAAGCCUCCAAAGAGUAUCCCUUUCCGUCAAACCUGGGACAAGAGUCUUUUCCUGAAACAUCGGCGGCAGGAGCUAAAAUCUGUCCUAGAGGAGCUGGAUUUUCAUAAGCCGGAUCUGGAUGGACUGGAGGUGGUCGGUAAAGGGCAGCCUUUCACAUCUGUCUCAACAGAGCCUUUUCCACGUUCCACCACUUCUGAGGAGUCUGAGACCCUCAGUGGCAGCUUAAGUGACCGUACCGAGGUGGUUCCAGAAGCGGUACGGGGUCCGUCUUUGGAUUUCUGUGGCCAGCCUGCUCGUUGGAUCGACUGCCCCACUUCUCGCAGGGAUGAAAUUGGCAUUGCUGCCCGGCUCACCUUUGAGGCUUUGGCUGGUGAGAUAGCUGAAAGCCUGCUGACAGUGAGCAAUGAUGGCACAACUGCCAUCUGGUACAGCUGGAUGAGGCUUCCCCAGCGGAUUCCCUCCAGAGAAACCAUGUGGAAGCUGAUUCAGCGUUUUUACUUUGAUACCAGACCAGGUGUGAUUUUGCCUGGAGAAACUAGGAAGUUUGUCUUUCUUUUCAAGUCCGAGAGAGCAGGCAUUUACAGCGAGUCCUGGGAAUUUAGGACACAUCCUGUGUUAUUAGGAGGAGCUCUGCUGCAGGUGACCCUUUGGGGAAUUGCUGUGUGUGAGGAUAAAUUGGCUGACGUCAGAGAGAAACUGGAGAGAGACCUGGCUGCUCGGGUAGCUGCUGCUGUGGUAGAAGAGACACUGAAAGAACUCGCUGUCCAAAUUCGGACCCCAGAACGCGCUCCGUCUCCGGUGGAUGCCUGUGUCACGGAGGAAGAGCUGUUCCACCGGAUGAAUCCCAAGUUGCAUUAUCAGCCUCAAGUGGUAAAGCAGCUGCAUGAACUGUGGAGACAGCACAUGACUGCUCCUUCAGCCUCAGAGAAGGAAGUGCCCUCGGGCCAGAAGAGCACUGCGGAAGAUGUGCAGUACCAGAAGAGGACCUCGGAGGCUCUCCCUGCUGGGAGCAGCUCUGCAGAGGUCCCAGGUUGGAAGAACAGGCUCGGGGAGGCUCGGAGUCAACUGAUGACCAUGGAGGAGGAAGAACCAGGCUCCUCAGGAUGGAACCUCUCCCUCGAUGACUUUAAGCAGGCUAUAAAGUCGAUCCCCAAGGAGGAGCAGCGAGAAGCAGCACUGGCCCAGCUCAACAAGGCAGCGCUGGAGCUGUGUGUUAAACAGAGGCCAACUAAGUCAUCAAACCUUUUGUAUUUUGUCUGUCUCCAGCUGUGGCGUGAAACAAUUGAUGGUCUGGUGAGUCACUCUAUGAGGCUGAGAUCCAUACUUCGCUUGUCUGAGAAGGACACCUAUGCAGAUGUUCCAGAGAAAACAGUGGAAGUAAAGCAACCUAUAAAAGGAGGAAAGGAAGACAGAAUAACCACUAGAAAAGAUGAGGAAAAGUCGUUUGUUGGUAAGGGUAAAGAAGGCAAACCAAGAACAACAAAGACAGCGGAGAAGGAGAAAGAGGAGGGUCCAAGCAGCAGAAAGUUAAAAGAUGAGAAAAAGCUGAGAUCUCCCACUUCAUCGCAAGAGGUGAAAGAGGGAGCACAGCCCGUGGCAGCUGUAGCUCCUCAGGAGCAGGUGGACCCCGUUUUGUAUGGGACAUACAGGGAAAAACUUUAUGUUGAGGUUUAUGGGCUGCUGUGUUCCAUGGUGAGCAGAAUGGUUUCUUUACUUGAGGACCUAAAGUAA